CCCUCUCGCACUCCUCUCCCUCUCUCUCUCUCUCUCUCUCUCUCGAACCAGAGUGGAAGCUUUUCUUCACUCCUCCCAAGGAACCUGAAAGAAUCCCUGGGGUUCUCAGCAAUCGAUCCAUCCACGCUUCCUAAAGGAAUCCCCAGGGUUCUCUGCAAUCGAUCCAUCCACGCUUCCUCCCGAGCCCGAAAGGUAUCGACUUUCUUCUCCUCUUCGUCUCCUCCCAGAUCUGAAGCUUCCAACCCCCUCAAAAACCUCGAUCACAUCACAUUUUCCCCCAAAACCAUCAGAACUGGAAUUUUUCUGAGAACACGCCGCUCUUAAAGAGAAGAGAUGGAGAAGCACCAAAAAAUUCAGAUGACUCUCGGUGUAAUGUCUCCAUUUCUAGUUCUGCUACUCCUUUAUGCAUUGUACUGCUGUUUCCGGAGGAGAUUCGGGUGGAGAAGGGAGAGGGAGUCGUUGGAGGGCGGGGGAUUUGGGUAUGAAGAGGAGGAGGGAGUAAAGGAGGCGGAGGAGCUGAUCGGGUUCGCCGGAGGGGAGCAUCUGACGGUCCACGACAUCCUGGACGCGCCGGGGGAGGUGGUGGGGAAGUCUGGCUACGGGACGCUCUACAGGGCUAGCCUCCAGCGGAGCGGCUCAGUGAUGCUGCUCCGGUUCGUCCGUCCGGCCUGUGUCGGCCGGACCAAGGACAUCCUCCCGGCGAUCCGGAUGCUGGGGCUCGUCCGGCAUCCGAAUCUGGUCCCCUUGAGUGCGCUGUAUGUCGGGCCAAGAGGGGAGAAGCUCUUCGUCCACCCUUUCUACGCCGCCGGGACUCUGUCUCGGUUCCUCCGGGACGGAGUUGCUGAAUCCCAAAGAUGGGACGUUAUUUAUAACUUCUCUCUGGGUAUCGCCAAGGGACUCGAUCACCUCCACACUGCCCUGCAGAGGCCUGUUGUCCAUGGCAAUCUCAAGUCGAACAACAUUUUACUUGAUGCUGAUUUCCAGCCUCGCCUCUCAGAUUUUGGCCUGCACCUCCUCUUGAAUCCAACAGCAGGACAAGAAAUGCUUGAAGCCUCUGCAGCUCAGGGCUACAAAGCCCCAGAGCUGAUUAAGAUGAAGGAUGCCAGCACGGAGAGCGAUAUCUACAGCUUGGGGGUUGUCUUGCUUGAGAUGCUUACUCACAAGGAGCCUACGAACAACAAAUUCUUGCAUUCUCAGGAUCUUCAUCUGCCAACCUCCUUGAGAAACUUGGUACUCGAGCACAAAAUCUCGGAUGUGUUCAGCUCCGAGCUCAUUAAUCAGAGUAGGAAACAAAAUUCCGCUAAUGAGGACACUUUGUUGAUGUUCUUCCAACUAGUGAUGGCUUGCUGCUCUCCUUCACCUGCUUUGAGACCGGAUAUCAAGCACAUUGUCAAAAGGCUCGAAGAAAUUGGGCAGUGACAAUUGGCAAUCUUUUGUGUUGGCAGCAAUGGAAGUGACAACUUUUCUUUGUGGUUUGGAAAUCGAUGACAUUUUGUUAAGGAAGCCAUCAAGAACCACAGGGAUAUUGACAAAAAAGAUGGGGACUAAUUUAAUCUUUCUUCUGAGCAACCAACCUACAUGCCUCGUGACCGUUGAAUCAGGAGCCUCAGCAACCAGAUGUGGUGUGGACCAUAUGUUGGUUGCCGAGCAACAAACAGUGCAGCAAUCAGGGGAUUCCAUUGGGUCCUCUCUGAUUCUACCAGUUGAACCACUGACAUGUAUAGCUUUUACAGAUCAAAUUGAAGAAGGAAGGACACACCACAAGCAGUGUGUAGAAGAGCAACAGAUCAUCAAGUGCUCGAAGAAUUUUACUGCAGAAUUCUUCUGAAUCACCCUUUAGGCUCUGCUGAGAAAUAGCUUGAACUUUGGAGUUGUCUGUGAUGAAGUACAAAACCAACACAGGCCUGUGACAUCAGUUUACUUUCAUCUUUUAUCCCAGAUUCUGGGUCCGCUUCUUCUGACCGCUUCCCUUUGUGCUGAAGCAUUAUAAAGAAGAACCAUGUGACAGGGAAAAACCAAUCCUGGGCCUCUUAGCCAAGCUGGCUUGGCUGGAAGCUGAGGACCCCAUCCCUUCUCUGCACGGUUUGUUUCGAUAAUUAUGUCAUCAGCCGAGGAAUACUAACAGAUCUAAAGCACAUGAGCUUGCAGGCUUCUCUCUCUAUCCCACAAAUGGUGACAAGCAAAAAUCAGUUGUUUAGAUGGACAAAAUAGCCAGAGAUCAGAUACUGAAUUAAGUGGAAAUUGUUGCAUGCAUUCGAAAGCCAGACUGAUUCCAGGGGUGCAUCUGGUGCUCAUAUGGCCACAUGUAUGCGUCAAGGAUGAUUGAAUUUUCCAAGAUUCCCUCUUAGAUCUCCACAGUUGAAGGUUUGUCCUCACCAGCAUCGAAACUUUGUCCUCAUGGAUGUUUGCAAGAAUGCACUGUUGCCAACAACUAUGUGGGUCUUAUUACAUUGUUCCAAAACCCCCACUUGUAUUGUAUACUGUGUUUGCUUUUCCCAAUCCAUCCUCAACAGUUCUGCCGACUGGAUAUUCUGUUCACAUGAUUUGGUCAGUUCAAUAAGCUUUCUUCCUUAUUAUGGCGGACAGAUUACGAGAAACCAAGUCUUUAAAGUAAUAGCCAGGGUUGUCCACUCCUAAGUUACACAAGAAUAAUGUUGGUGAAAUGGAGAUCUCAGCCAGAAGAUAUAUGCAAGAUAUAUGCAGAAGAUAUAUGCAAGAUAAUUUGAUGUACCACUUAGAGGAGUUGUUGUAAUGAUGCUAAUACCUCCAUUCAUGUCGUGAAUGGGUGCACACAAUUUGCAGUAUAACAUUUUAGUUAUGUGGUUAA